GCCUGGAGUAGGAGCAUGGGCCCCAGCGACUCUGUCCCCACAGAUGCCUGGCCCAGGAUGCGCUGCCUGGCCUUCCUGCGGACGGCGCCGCCCAGCCUGGCCAGGCUCCCUCAUAGGACCCUGGGCAGCGAGCCAGCGCCGGUGGUCAGCCAGGCGGAGGACAGCAGUGAGUUCAAGGACAGGGUCCUGACCGAGCCCCUCAAGCACUCGGACUUCUUCAACGUCAAGGAGCUCUUCUCCGUGAAGAGUCUGUUCGACGCCCGCGUACACCUGGGACACAAAGCCGGCUGUCGGCACAGGUUCAUGGAGCCAUACAUCUUCGGGAGCCGCCUGGGCCAGGACAUCAUCGACCUGGAGCAGACAGCCUCGCACCUCCAGCGGGCCUUGAACUUCACGGCCCACGUGGCCUACCGCAAGGGCAUCAUCUUGUUCGUGAGCCGCAGCCGGCAGUUCACGCACCUGAUUGAGAACACAGCCCGCGACUGCGGCGAGUUUGCCCAUGCGCGCUACUUCAAGGGCGGCCUGCUGACCAACGCCCCACUGCUCUUCGGGCCCACAGUCCGCCCGCCCGACCUGCUCGUCUUCCUGCACACGCUCAACAACGUCUUCGAGCCCCACGUGGCCGUGCGGGAUGCCGCAAAGAUGAACAUCCCCACGGUGGCUGUCGUGGACACCAACUGCAACCCCUGCCUCGUCACCUACCCCAUCCCCGGCAACGACGACUCGCCCUCCUCUGUCCACCUCUUCUGCAGGCUCUUCAGGACCACCAUCAUCCGGGCCAAGGAGAAGCGGAGACAGGUUGAGGCCCUGUAUUGGCUACAGGGCUUGCAGGGGACCGGGCACCGGGGCCCGGCCAGCCCUGCUUCCGGGCCGGGCCUCAGCCACUCCUUGUGAUGUGCUGUCCUCCCACAUUGGACGUGCUGAGCCUCUGCAGAGCUGCCACCCCUUCCCAGCUGUGGAUCCCGUGCUGUUCUCGGUCCUUCCAGGCAUCUGAGUCCUCGUUCCUAGUGAGUGUCGCUGUUUUGCGUGUGGGUGCCUCACAGACUCAAAAUGCGACACUCUCACUUCUGUCUCCAUGGUAGCCUUGGCUGGGAGGUGAGAAUACCAGCCCGGCCCUUCUUAGUCAAAAGACUCCCUCUUCACUUGGACCUUCCCAGCGGCCUGGUUUGGGGUGAUUUUGUCACAGGGUGUUGCACGUGAACCAUUGGGAAGCCCCGUGCUGGCUGGGACAGGCCAGGCCAGGCUGGGCAAAGCAGGUGGCGGAUUCAGCCAAAUAAAACCGACCAGGACAGACA